AUGGCACUUUAUAGCUGCUAUUUGAUCCUCUUGGCAUUUACCUGGCACACUUCUGCCUAUGGGCCUGACCAGCGAGCUCAGAAGAAAGGGGACAUUAUCCUUGGGGGACUCUUUCCUAUUCACUUUGGAGUAGCAGCCAAAGAUCAAGAUCUAAAGUCAAGGCCAGAGUCUGUGGAAUGCAUCAGGUAUAAUUUUCGAGGGUUUCGCUGGUUACAAGCCAUGAUAUUUGCCAUAGAGGAAAUAAACAGCAGCCCAGCUCUCCUUCCCAACAUGACGCUGGGAUACCGGAUAUUCGACACUUGCAACACCGUUUCUAAAGCCUUGGAGGCCACCCUGAGUUUUGUGGCCCAGAACAAAAUCGAUUCUUUGAACCUUGAUGAGUUCUGCAACUGCUCACAGCACAUCCCCUCUACCAUUGCUGUGGUGGGGGCAACCGGCUCCGGCAUCUCCACAGCCGUGGCAAACCUGCUGGGGCUCUUCUACAUUCCCCAGGUCAGUUAUGCCUCCUCCAGCAGACUCCUCAGCAAUAAGAAUCAGUUCAAGUCCUUUCUCCGUACCAUCCCGAAUGAUGAGCACCAGGCCACUGCCAUGGCGGACAUUAUUGAGUAUUUCCGCUGGAACUGGGUGGGCACCAUUGCAGCUGAUGAUGACUAUGGCCGGCCAGGGAUUGAGAAAUUCCGAGAAGAAGCUGAGGAGAGGGACAUCUGCAUUGACUUCAGUGAACUCAUCUCCCAGUACUCUGAUGAGGAAGAGAUCCAGCAGGUAGUAGAAGUCAUCCAGAAUUCCACAGCCAAAGUCAUCGUUGUCUUCUCUAGUGGCCCAGAUCUUGAACCCCUCAUCAAGGAGAUCGUUCGGCGCAAUAUCACAGGCAGGAUCUGGCUGGCCAGCGAGGCCUGGGCCAGCUCUUCUCUGAUCGCCAUGCCGGAGUACUUCCACGUGGUCGGAGGCACUAUUGGAUUUGGUCUGAAGGCCGGGCAGAUCCCAGGCUUCCGGGAAUUCUUGCAGAAAGUCCAUCCCAGGAAAUCUGCCCACAAUGGUUUUGCCAAGGAGUUCUGGGAAGAAACAUUUAACUGCCACCUCCAAGAAGGUGCUAAAGGACCAUUACCCAUGGACACCUUCCUGAAAAGUCAAGAAGAAGGUGGUGGUAGGAUAAGCAACAGCUCCACUAUCUUCCGACCUUUCUGUACAGGGGAUGAGAACAUCAGCAGUGUUGAGACCCCUUACAUGGAUUAUACACACUUACGGAUAUCCUACAACGUCUACUUAGCCGUCUACUCCAUUGCUCAUGCCCUGCAAGAUAUAUACACGUGCUUACCUGGGAAAGGGCUCUUCACCAACGGUUCCUGUGCCGACAUCAAGAAGGUUGAGGCUUGGCAGGUCCUGAAGCACUUACGUCACCUAAACUUUACCAACAAUAUGGGGGAACAAGUGACUUUUGAUGAAUGUGGUGACUUGGUGGGGAACUACUCCAUCAUCAACUGGCACCUCUCUCCAGAGGACGGUUCCAUUGUGUUUAAGGAAGUUGGAUAUUACAACGUCUAUGCCAAGAAAGGAGAAAGGCUCUUCAUCAAUGAGAAGAAAAUCCUGUGGAGUGGGUUCUCCAGAGAGGUGCCUUUCUCCAACUGCAGCCGGAUCUGCCUGGCAGGGACCAGGAAGGGAAUCAUUGAGGGGGAGCCCACCUGCUGCUUUGAGUGCGUGGAGUGUCCCGAUGGGGAGUACAGCGACGAGACAGAUGCAAGUGCCUGCGACAAGUGCCCGGAUGACUUCUGGUCCAACGAGAACCACACGUCGUGCAUCGCCAAGGAGAUCGAGUUUCUGUCCUGGACGGAGCCCUUUGGGAUCGCGCUCACGCUCUUCGCCGUGCUGGGCAUUUUCCUGACGGCCUUCGUGCUGGGCGUCUUCACCAAGUUCCGCAACACGCCCAUCGUCAAGGCCACCAACCGCGAGCUCUCCUACCUCCUCCUCUUCUCCCUGCUCUGCUGCUUCUCCAGCUCCCUGUUCUUCAUCGGGGAGCCCCAGGACUGGACGUGCCGCCUGCGCCAGCCGGCCUUCGGCAUCAGCUUCGUGCUCUGCAUCUCCUGCAUCCUGGUGAAAACCAACCGCGUGCUGCUGGUGUUCGAGGCCAAGAUCCCCACCAGCUUCCACCGCAAGUGGUGGGGGCUCAACCUGCAGUUCCUGCUGGUCUUCCUCUGCACCUUCAUGCAGAUCGUCAUCUGCGCCAUCUGGCUCUACACGGCGCCGCCCUCCAGCUACCGCAACCACGAGCUGGAGGAUGAGGUCAUCUUCAUCACCUGCCACGAGGGCUCGCUCAUGGCGCUGGGCUUCCUGAUCGGCUACACCUGCCUGCUGGCCGCCGUCUGCUUCUUCUUCGCCUUCAAGUCCCGCAAGCUGCCCGAGAACUUCAACGAGGCCAAGUUCAUCACCUUCAGCAUGCUCAUCUUCUUCAUCGUCUGGAUCUCCUUCAUCCCGGCCUACGCCAGCACCUACGGCAAGUUCGUCUCGGCCGUGGAGGUGAUCGCCAUCCUGGCGGCUAGCUUCGGCCUGCUGGCCUGCAUCUUCUUCAACAAGGUCUACAUCAUCCUCUUCAAGCCCGCCCGCAACACCAUCGAGGAGGUGCGCUGCAGCACCGCCGCGCACGCCUUCAAGGUGGCGGCGCGCGCCACGCUGCGCCGCAGCAACGUCUCCCGCAGGCGCUCCGGCAGCCUCGGCGGCUCCACGGGCUCCACCCCGUCCUCCUCCUCCCCCAUCAGCAGCAAGAGCAACAGCGAGGACCCCUUCCCGCAGCCCGAGAGGCAGAAGCCGCAGCAGCCGCUCGCCCUGCCCCAGCGGGAGCCGCAGCCGCAGCAGCCGCCCUCGGCCCUGCAGCCUCAGCAGCAGCAGCAGCAGCAGCAGCAGCCCAGGUGCAAGCAGGUCAUCUUCGGCAGCGGCACCGUCACCUUCUCGCUGAGCUUUGACGAGCCUCAGAAGGGUGCCCACCGCAAUUCCACGCACCAGAACUCCCUGGAGUCCCAGAAAAGCAAUGACACCCUCACCAGGCACCAGGCGCUGCUCCCACUGCAGUGCUCGGAGCCGGACUCAGAACUGAGCGCCCCGGAGACGGGCCUGCAAGCACCUGCGGGUGGAGACCGCCAGCCGCCGCCGGGGACCGAGGACCCCGAGGAGGUGCCCCCGGCUCUGGUGGUGUCCAACUCCCGGAGCUUCGUCAUCAGCGGGGGAGGCAGCACUGUCACAGAGAACAGGCUGCACUCCUAA